GCUGGACAAAAAGGGCAACAGAUAUUUCAUUUAAAGAUCUAUAUUUAGAGAGAAGCCAUGUCAAAUAACUGCCAAUAAACUGGAUCAAAUGCCACUGCCUAGUUUCAAAUAGUAUCACUUGAAGAAAUACCACAUGGUUUUGUUUGCUUGUUUUUUCCUUUCAUAGCAAUCUGGGUGGAACUCUUCCAGUAAAUGCUUGGAAUUUCUUCUUAGAUUGCAAUAUCAAAGUGACACCCAAAACAUGCUGAAUUUGUCCUGUUGUGCAACAGACUGCAAUUCUACAGAUCUGAGUGAAAACAACCAGAAAACUAUGUAUGUGCUACCUUCCUUGCUUAUAUCAGAACACCUUAAAAUAGGUGUCAGUUUGGACUAGGAAACUCUGACCUCUGAUCUCUAAAAGGCCCUCAAAGAGAGAAGACAGAGAGGAAGAUAAACGUAUAAUUAAGAUAACGAUCAGCAUGACAAGACCAUCAAGGAUAAUACCAACUAUCUAUCUGCUUACCAUUGUCAUGGCAACACUAUUCCAUAGCAACCAGUCCUUAAAGAUUUUGGCUCUUCCCUACAGUGUAUGCCUUUCUUCUAAUGCCAUAAACAUGGAGAAACUUGUUACAUUCCUUGCAACCAAUGGCCAUGAAAUAACUCUCUAUGUUCAAGAUACCUAUAACAAGUCAAUGACCAACACAGAUUUCACCAAAUUGAAUAUCAAAUUCAUACAUUUCAAAUCAAAUGGAAUUUUGAAUCCUGGUAUUCCCUACUGUCAAAAUUUUUAUCAUGUGGAUGGGUAUGUAAAUGCAUCCUCCUAUACAGAAAAAGUUCUGAUAGCAAAUCAAAACUAUGAGUAUUGCAACGUAAUGCUCGCAGAUAAAACAGCUCUUCGACGAUUGGAAGAAGAAAACUUUGAUCUGAUCUUACUGGAUGUGCUUGAUCUAUGUCGGUUCUUUCUAAUAAAUCAUCUCUCUAAACCAGCCAUUGGUCUGUCAUCAGUGACAUGCAUGUUACCCAACACAGAAGUGCCCUGUCCUCCUGCAUAUGUACCUAGUACUCGGCUACCAUACACGAACAACAUGACGUUUUUCCAACGUGUUGGCAACACAGUGAUCCAGUUACUUCACUUGGCACGUACAGUUUGGCGCUUUCCACAGUGGGAAAACAUCCGAACCAAGAACAACAUUUCUGGAUCACUGCCAUUCCAAGACACUUUUGGACUUGUCACCAUGAAACUGAUAAAGUCUGAUCCAGCCCUUGAUUACCCUAACCCUUCCACACCAAACCUAGUAUUCAUAGGCUCCUUUUUCAUAGAGACUGUAAAACCAUUGGCAGAAGAUUUAGAAGAUUUCAUGAGGUCCACAGAUAAACAUGGCGUCAUUGUUAUGUCUUUUGGUUCGCAGGUUAAGUAUUUUCCUGCUCGUCAUGGAGAGAUGUUUGCAGAAGCCUUUGCACGCCUACCUCAAAAGGUAAUCUGGCGUUACCAAGGCAGUGUGCCUCAUAACCUAGGCAACAACACCAAACUGCUACCAUGGCUACCGCAGAAUCAUCUAUUAGGACACUCAAAAACAAAGCUCUUUGUGAGUCAUUGUGGGAUUGGAGGGGUCCAUGGGGCUGCCUACUAUGGUGUUCCAAUAGUUGCUAUCCCUCUGGCUCGUGACCAGCCAUACAUUUCCCAACUUAUUUCAGAACACCUUAAAAUGGGUGUCAGUUUAGACUACACGACCUUGACCUCUCAUGACCUCUACAAGGCCAUCACAGAGGUAUUACACAAUCCAAAAUAUCGUGAAAAUGCCCAAAGAGUUUCUUCUCGCUUUCGGGACCAACUUGUGUCGAGUGAAGAAAAGAUCUUACAUACUGUCAGCUAUGUUCAUAAACAUGAUGGUGCUGCACACUUAAAGAGUGGCGCCCUAAUGUGUACAUGGUACCAACAUCUGCUACUGGACGUUAUUGUUUUUAUACUGAUGGUACUGGUGGCAUUUUUCCUCUGUGUGUGGUGUCUCUGUAAAUGUGUUUAUAAUUACUGCUGUGGCAGAUGGUGUACAAAAUCCAGGAGAAAAGAAAAAGCAAAAUAAGCUGGACAAAAAGGGCAACAGAUAUUUCAUUGAAAGAUCUAUAUUUAGAGAGAAGCCAUGUCAAAUAACUGCCAAUAAACUUGAUCAAAUGCCACUGCCUAGUUUCAAAAAGUAUCACUUGAAGAAAUACCACAUGGUUUUGUUUGCUUAUUUUUUCCUUUCAUAGCAAUCCGGGUGGAACUCUUCCAGUAAAUGCUUGGAAUUUCUUCUUAGAUUGCAAUAUCAAAGUGACACCCAAAACAUGCUGAAUUUGUCCUGUUUUGCAACAGACUGCAAUUCUACAGAUCUGAGUGAAAACAACCAGAAAACUUUGUAUGUGCUAACUUCCUUGCUUAUAUCAGAACACCUUAAAAUAGGGGUCAGUUUGGACUACAUGUAGGAAACUCUGACCUCUGAUCUCUAAAAGGCCCUCAAAGAGGUAGUACACAAUCCAAAUUAGCGUGAAAAUGCCCAAAUAGUUCUUUCCCCUACUGACCAAUAUCACAGACUGGCAUGAAGACAUAAAAUAAAAAUAAUUCAAAUUUUGGCUAGAACAUGAAUAUAAACAUUCUGCAAUAUGUUACAAUGUAUUAUGUACUUCAGAGACGCAGAUUGGAUGUUUUUACUAGCUUCCAUUUUGCAUCAUUAUUUUGACUGCACCCCUAUUAGGCAAAGAUUUUAUGCUGAUGCAACAUACAUAAAAUGACAGUCACUGUGUUGUUUGACCUUGAAGUAACCUCAAAAAGAUGUAUCAUUCAAUUAACUGUCUUUGUUAAACAAAACAUGUAAACCUUGGCUACACAGCACAUCAAGAUGUUUGACUCCAGUCUGUGAUGGCUUGCCAUACGAAAAUGCAGUAGUAUCGAAGUAGCAAAAAAGCAUUAACGUAGUAGUGGUGUGGAGCAUAUUU